CUAUAAAAAGGUGAGGGCAGAGGCACAUCGUCAGAGCCCUGCGAGGAGCACGUCCCCAGGCACCCCAGCUGUCUGCCCGCUGCAGAGAUGGUGCAAGCGACUCCCUUCCUCCUGCUGCUCAGCCUGGCCCUGGUGGCUCCCGGCCUCUGCGCAAGAAAGUGUGUGCUGACCGGGCGCUGGGUCAAUGACCUGGGCUCCAACAUGACCAUCGGGGUGAUGAAUGAAAACGACGAAUUCACCGGCUUCUACCACACAGCCGUGAGCUCCACGACAAACAAGAUUCAGAAGUCACCACUGCAGGGUUCCCAGAACAACAUAAACUCGAAGAGCCAGCCCACCUUUGGCUUCACUGUCAAAUGGACCUUCUCAGGUGCUUCUCCUUUCCCCGACUCCCUGCAGUGUCCCCCGAGCUCCCCUGCCCUCCCAUGGGAUGCUCUUGUGCCUUCCCCUGUGAUGUCCUAGGUGAUUCCCUACCUU